ACCAGGCACUGUGCAGAAUACUCUAUACAUGAUUAUCUCAUGUAUUCCUCACAAUAUCCCUUGGAAAAAGUUGGGCAUAAACAAUACCUAAACCUGCUUCUUGACAUGGUAUCAGAACAGAGCUAUUGCUGAGUUUGAUUUAUAGAGAAAUCAUGGUUCGACUGACCUUGGAUCUGAUUGCCAAAAACAACAACUUUAAAACCCGAAAAGAAACCACUUCACAAUACCUGAAGAAAAUAACUCAUGUAAAUUUUUCAGACAAAAAUAUAGACGCAAUUGAAGACCUCUCUCUUUGCAAAAAUCUUAGUGUUUUAUAUUUGUAUGAUAACCGUAUUAGUCAAAUCACUAACUUGAAUUAUGCCACAAAUCUGACCCACCUGUACUUACAAAACAAUUGUAUUUCAUGUAUAGAGAACCUCAGGUCAUUAAAGAAACUGGAAAAACUGUAUCUGGGAGGCAAUUACAUUGCUGUCAUAGAAGGUUUAGAAGGAUUAGAAGGACUGAGAGAGCUUCAUGUUGAGAGUCAGAGGCUUCCCCUUGGAGAAAAGCUUCUGUUUGAUCCAAGAACUCUUCAUUCUCUAGCAAAAUCCCUUUCUAUAUUGAAUAUCAGCAAUAAUAAUAUUGAUGACAUAAGAGACUUAGAAAUACUGGAGAAUCUUAAUCAGCUUAUAGCAGUUGACAACCAACUUCUGCAUAUGAAGGAUUUGGAGUUUUUACUGAACAAGUUGAUGAAGCUGUGGAAAAUGGAUCUAAAUGGAAAUCCUGUUUGUCUCAAACCAAAAUACAGAGACAGACUGAUACUGGUGUCCAAAUCACUGGAAUUUCUUGAUGGAAAAGAAAUUAAAAAUAUGGAAAGACAAUUCCUAAUGAAUUGGAAAGCAUCCAAAGAUGCCAAGAAAAUCAGCAAGAAAAGAAACAGUAAAAAUGAGGAUGCAAGUAACUCAUACAUAAGUAAGCAGGCUGUCAUUCAUUAGCUGACCACUUCUAGCAAAGGGAACAUUCUACUCAACAAAAAAAUGAGAAGAAAUAAGAGGUUUUUGUUUAGGUUAUUUUUUCACUUAUUUCCUUAGUUGUGCAUAAAGAUAAAUGCAAUUCCUAGGAAAUUUUACCUGUAAUGUUCAUAUAUGAAAAUGGUAGCUACUAUCAACAAAAGCUGUUUUUGGUUCAUAUUGAGUAUGACUGUGUCAGUUAUGUAAACAUAGAGCCAGGAGAGUGGGGAAAAAUGUGUAAUUUUAUAUCUGGCAAAAGUGCAUGAUAUUAGUUAUGUAAAUAGUGAAACAACAAUCAGCCAUGUAAAUUGUGAAACCUAAGUCACUAGUAUAUUUAUUUAGUAACAGUGCAAAAAUCACAUUUUUCAUCAUAAUAGAAAAUAAAAAUGUAUCACAACCACAUAUGUGGCCUAUACUCUGUGGCCUGUCCCCUUUCUUAUGUACACACCCCAACACCUGAAUAUUUUCAUUAUAA